AUGGCGUCGCGGUCGCGCGACGACGAGUCCGCGCAGCCACCGUCGAAGCGGCCCCGGCGAGAUGCCGAAGCGGAUGCGGACGCCGCGGAGCCAUCGCCGCGCGUGGUGCUCAACCCAGCGGACUGCGAUCUCGACUUUGAUGUCGGCGGGGGCGGUCUCCGGGGGAGCGCGCUGCACGAGGGCGCGUUCGCCUACUGCUGGUCCGGCGCGCGCGCGACGGUGGGCGCCAGGGGCGGCGGGCGGUACUGCUUCGGGUGCAAAAUCGUCGCCGAGCAACCCGUGGAGAUGGACCUCACGACCCCCGAGGAGCGCCACCUCUGCCGCAUUGGGGUCUCGAGAGGGGAUGAUCCCGUAGGGGCGCUCGGGGAGUCCCAGCACAGCUUCGGGUUCGGGGGCACGGGGAAGUUCUCCCACCAGCGCAGGUUCGUCAACUACGGCGUCAAGUUCGGGGUCGGGGACACGGUCGUCUGUGCCGUGGACCUCGAUUCCAAGCCCAUGGCGUCGAUCGGGUUUGCGAGGAACGGCGAAUGGCUUGGUAUCGCGAGGCAUUUUGACGCGGGUGAGAAAGGGCUUGGUCUGGUUGACGCUCCUCUGAGGCCGAUGCAAUGGAGAUCCGCACUCUUUCCCCAUGUCCUGCUGAAGAAUGUUGCCGUGGAGAUGCAGUUCGGCAGAGAGGAUGGGCUGCUGCCGGUUGAUGGUUAUGAACCCUGGGCCUCGGCUUUUACUCAUGGGAAUGCAGUAUUUGGCCCUUCGUUUGAGCAAAAUAAAUGUGAGGUCAUGAUGAUGGUUGGUCUUCCGGCCUCAGGCAAGUCAACAUGGGCAGAUAAUUGGGCCAAGGAGCAUCAGGAGAAACGUUUUAUCCUUCUCGGAACUAACCUUGCAUUGGAGCAAAUGAAGGUGCCAGGAUUGUUGCGUAAGAAUAACUAUGGCGAGCGCUUUGAUCGACUGAUGGAUUGUGCUACAUGGAUUUUCAACAAAUUGCUGACUAGGGCUGCAAACACCCCUCGCAACUUCAUUAUCGAUCAAACAAAUGUUUACAAGAAUGCACGUAUCCGCAAGCUGAGGCCAUUUGCUAACUACCACAAGACUGCUGUGGUCGUGUUCCCAACUCCAAGUGAACUGAAAUCCAGGGCAGCAAAGCGAUUCGAUGAGAUGGGAAAGGAAGUACCAGCUGAAGCAGUUAACGAAAUGACAGCCAAUUUUGUCCUACCACUCUCAAAGGACAUGCCUCAUUCGAAGGAGCCUUUUGACGAGGUAAUCUUCACAGAGCUUUCUAGGGAUGAGGCUCAGAGAACCCUAGAUGAAAUGCAGCGUGUGUUGCCGAGAAUUGUGACCCCAAGCUAUGGAAAUUCCAGCAAUCAAAAUCAUGCUAGUUCAACAUAUGCUGGGACUGCUGCUCCACUUGAUCCUAGUGCAAGGUCAUCAAUGCCAGGCUUUUACCCACCAAUGGCCAAUUCAUAUGGAGUUGGCACCAUACCUAGCAGUGCUGCUACUUUCAGCACAGGUGUGCAUACUGCAGGCAACACAACACAUGGACAGGCACCAUGCAGUGUUCGAAGUUUCCAGAGUCCAGCAGGAAACCAACAUGAAAUCCAUUCAGGCUAUCCAAGUGCUCCAAACCAAUAUCAGAUGCCCUUAAGCUACCUGAGUAACCCAAACCAAUAUGAAGUCCGUGCAAGCUACCAAAGUACACCACUUCCUGGAUAUGGACAGAGUACAUAUGGUUCCCAUAGGAACCCAAGCCCAUCCAAUCCUAAUCCUUACAAUACCGAGAUGCACCAAAGUAUUCAGGCUCCCAUGAGUAACAGGAACCUCUACCAGGCACCUGGGUCAGCAGAAGCCUGUAGGGCACCUGGCUAUGCAGCUGCAAAUCUGAUUGGGAGGCCACAUCACGUGUCAUCACCAUCAACUCUUCCAGCACAUGGUCAACAAGCUGCUGCUCAGUGGGUGCCAAAUCAAGGCAGUUCUUGCUCAUGGAGUUCUGACAGUUACAUGCCCUACUAUGGACAACAGUCUCAUGGUUGCAUGUCACUUGGUUUUGCCUGA